AUGGCUGCUGAGAACUCCUCUUCUGUGACAGAGUUUAUUCUCUCAGGUUUAACUGACCAGCCCGGGUUCCAGCUGCCCCUCUUCUUCCUGUUCCUAGGUUUCUAUGUGGUCACGGUGGUGGGGAACCUGGGCCUGAUAACCCUGAUUGGGCUGAACUCUCGCCUGCACAUUCCCAUGUACUUCUUCCUCUUCAACUUGUCCUUCAUCGAUUUUAAUUUCUCCGGUGCCAUUAUGCCCAAAAUGCUGAUGGGUUUUCUCUCCGAGAAGAACAGCGUCUCCUAUGCAGGGUGUAUGACUCAGCUCUUCUUCUUCUGUUUCUUUGUCUUUUCCGAGUCUUUCAUCCUGUCGGCCAUGGCCUACGACCGCUAUGUCGCCAUCUGUAAGCCACUGCUGUACACGGUCUCCAUGUCUCCCCGGGUGUGUUUGCUCCUUCUGUCAGGUGUCUACGGGAUGGGGGUCUUUGGGGCUGUGGCCCAUACAGGAAAUAUAGUGUUUCUGACGUUUUGUGCGGACAACCUUAUCAAUCAUUAUAUGUGUGACAUCCUUCCCCUCCUUGAGCUGUCCUGCAACGGCUCUUACAUAAAUGUCUUGGUGGUCAUCAUUGUUGUGACUAUUGGCAUCGGGGUGCCCAUUGUUGCCAUUUUUAUUUCUUACGGUUUUAUUCUUUCCAGCAUCCUUCACAUUAGCUCCAGGGAGGGCAGGUCCAAAGCCUUUGGUACCUGCAGUUCCCAUAUAAUUGCAGUUUCCCUUUUCUUUGGGUCAGGAGCUUUUAUGUAUCUCAAACCACCUUCUAUUUUGCCCCUGGACCAGGGGAAAGUGUCCUCCCUGUUCUACACCAUCGUUGUGCCCAUGUUCAACCCUUUAAUCUAUAGCCUGAGGAAUAAGGAUGUCAAACUUGCCCUGAAGAGAACCUUGGGCAGAAUAAUCUUCUGUUGGAAAAAAAUUUAG